GUCAUUUCAGAGUUCAGACAUUAUCGUACAGACACAGAAACAAAAUAACACGCAAAAGGAGACAUGAAUAUUAUAUAGCUCUUUAUUAGUAGGCGUUAUCGAAUGCAUUUAUAUCCACUCGAAGUUUUCGCACGUGCUGAGGUGUUUAUCGUGUAAUUUGUAGUAUGUUUAUUGUGUUUUGAACUCGACCCCUGUAAUCGAUAUUUGAUUAGUUUUUUUCAUAUAUAAUUUUCUUUUCCUGUUACGAUAAAAAUGAAUCUCCAGGCAAUAUUGAUUUUUAUUGGGCUUUCCUACGCAUAUGGACAAGACAGGAAGAUAACAGCUAAACUAAAUCCAGGUUGCAACAUCUGCUCAUCAAACACAACACUAUUAUAUGUGAAAUGUGAUGGUGCCUCAGAUACGAUACAUCAAAUAUGGGACUUUACGCGACACUUGCCUACAGUGAUUUUUGCUGUAACUAGUUUGAAUUCUACUCUAAAUGUGACGUGGACCGACACACUGCCAAAGAGCAUUGUACUGUCAGAAGAACCUAGCUACAGUUUUGCUACAGCCAUUGACAAGCUUUAUGAAUAUGAUGACUUGGAUGACAACGGUCACAUCGACCCGAAGUUUCCCCAGAAGGCAUACAAACUUGACAGGAUUCGUUGGCAUUUAAAUGAGAGUAUAUUAUCAGAUAAGGAGGCGAUGAUUCAUGUCUAUGGUAUAUUAAAUGAAGAGAGACGAGGACGACCUGAAAUUAUCAACAUAAAACUCGAUCUAAUUCCCUUCAAGGACUACGCAGCGGAUCUUCCGCAUUUAAUCCACACGGCUAACUCAACUCUAGUCGACGUGAGCCUCGUGAACUUGACGACGAGUCGCGAGUACAACGCGUCGCGUUACGCGUUACACUUGCUGCUGGUCAGCACCGAUCCAGUGAUCGAGACCAUGCAUUACACGAUGCGGAAGAGCUUGGAUGACGAACAUACGCCGGGCGUUUUUGAGAUCAUAGAGAUCAAGAGUCCGUCGCUGUUCGAGGAGGGCGAGGGCGGGUACUUGCAGUUCCGGCCCGUCGCCUACUCGGAGGACGCUCGCGGCGUCGCCAGCUCCACCGUCGCGCGCGUCUCCGCCUUCACUCGGACCGAUCUGCCGCGUCAUAGCACGCUGAAGCUGUUCUACUCUGACAUCGAUGAGGCUGACCUGCUCGUACAGGACAUGUUCGUGUCGUUCGGCGAAACGGGCGACGGAUACUACAAGCAACACAAUUAUACAGCGUGGUCAUUCACCAUCGGCUACGGAGCUCCACCAGUGGAGGGCUUUUCAUUCUUCGUCAUCAUGAUAAUAUCCAUAGGACUUGGAGUGCCGAUUGUUCUAGCGCUCUCAGGAAUCACGUACGUGCUGUUAAGGCGAUACAGGCACAAUAAUAGCAGAACAAGGUUCACUAACGAAGAUUAAAGCUUUGACUACACGAUCCCACGCAGUAUGUUAUCCUCAAUAUAGAUACAAAUUGUUAUAUACCAAUUGUUUAUAUGUGUAACGUAAUCUAACGUCGGAUUCAAAUAAUUAUUUAUUGUUAUUCUCAUGUAAUAAUAUAUUUUGAUUCGACCUUAGUUAGGGCUAGUUAAGGUAACAUCGUGGCGAUGGAAUUUCCGACUUAUUCGAUCAAAAUCAACAUUCAAAUAUGCUCAUAAAAGAACAUUUGAAUCGCCAUGUUACAAUGUUCAAUUAAAUGUAAAUAUGUGGUUUGUUCGGUAAGUAGGUUUUACCGAGAAGAACCGGCAAACACACAGGAGUUUCUCUUCGUAUAUGCUGUUCUCCAGUCUAUGGAAACAGUUUGACUAGUUCGUAUUGCCUGGAGAAAAAAAUAAAUAAAAAGGUGCUCGAAUCGGUCGGAAAUUCGAUCCGUACAAUCUUACCUCAACGCUCUAUGUAUUGAUUAUGGGCGGCAUUUCGCUUGGCUUUGGUAAUGUGUGCGUAAUAAAUAUUUUUUGUAGACGAAUAAAUACAUCAUCCGUAGGAACUAAUUCCAGAAAAUAUUUAUAUAUUCACUAAAUCGAACUAAGUGGACUGUCAAUGCAAAUAUUUAACUUCAUUGACUAAAUUGAUGUGUAACUAAAAUACAUGUUGACGGAAAAUCGAUACAUAAUUAUUUUUUUUUAAUCUUUGUAAACUGCACGCUAAUACACGAACUCGCUAGGCCAAGACAUUUGCACCCACAUAGAGUAUGCAAAUAGAUCUGUUAGUUGAGAUAAAUAAAUGUAUUUAUAUAAAUAUUUAUGAAAACCUUUAUUACCACAAUUUAAAGAUGAUUAAAAAAACUAAUAUUGGCCUUGACAAAAACUACGUACAAUAAAUGACGGAUUUAAAAUAAACGUUCUCAUAAAGUUAUUUCUAAUCAGAAUUCUUAAUAAAUUUAAAAAAAAAAAAACUUCCUACAUGACAGAAGAAAUAACUAUAGGAUAAUUUAUUUGACAUAAUAAAUCAUGUUUAAAUUAUUUUUAGCUUAAAUAGGCAUUAGUGAAAAUGUUCCAUUUAUAUAUUUUGACGUUCAGUAAAAGUAAUACCUAGCCAGCAUUAUGAAUACAGCUACUCUAUUUUUUGUUUUAAUUCUCACAUCUGUUUAGUUUGAACACACGUCUUAACAUAUUUUAUUUAAAAACAAUGUACGAAAAAUUAAAAUAAUGUACCUACUUAUGUUUAUAAAAGGAAAAUCAGCCACACAUAUUCCUUUUAAAGAAAAACAAUAAUAUUUUUCUAAAUUAUUUUUUUUAAAGUUUUCUGUUUUCACUGAUACCUAUACUUAUUUUACACUUGACUAAUUUGUAUAAAAUAUUGUUUUGUAAAUAUUUUUGGUUUAUAUGUUAUUUAAAUCGAUUUUAAUUUUUUUAAAUCCUUUACUAUAUUUUACUUACUUCGUUUUCAUCUUUUUAGAGUAACCGUCUUAUUUUUUUAAAUAGUUCGUUCUUCCAGUUUCGCAUAUAUGUUGAAAGAUGAGUAAAUUCAAAUUGACCUUCAUCAUGCACUAAAAUCGAAAAAUUGAUAUUAUUUAACCAAAAAUACUGUUAUACUUUAUCUCAUUAAAAAUACCUAGUAUAAAUAUUGAUAUUUUGUGAUAAUCGAAUGUUUAUAAAUCGAAGACCAGUAUUGACAAUUAUUGUUUAUGGAAAGAUGUAAAUACUAUAUGAAUUUUUGUUUUAGUAUAAGUUAUAAAUGCACGCCAACAAAGUUUCUAUAUGACGUAAAAUUUAACUUAUAAUUUUAGAACGUUAAUUAUUGUAAUGACCUGUUUACAGACACCUUUGUAAAUUAUUGUAUUUCUUAUAUUUUGAUGUGAUAUUUUGUUAAUUGGGCUGUAUGAAAAUAA